AAGAAGAAGAAGAAAUCCGGGAAGGAGAAGAUCAAGAAGACAAAGAGUCACUAUGAAGAUAUCCUAGAAGUUAUCAGGAAAUCUCCUCUGUCGGAUACUGAAGCACAAUCUGUUGUGGACAUUCUUCUUCUUAAACAGACUGGCAAGGAGGAGAAUGGCGAGGAUUGGAUUGAACCAGGGAAAGAAAAUGAAUCAAAGAAGCAAGCCAGGCAAUUGUCCGAGCUCCAAACCGAACUGGAGGAAGAGAAGUCGAAAUCUGGAAGUCUGGAGAAAAAACUCAGCCUACUCCGAAAAGAGCUUAACGAAGGAAAAGCAGUACAGGCAGGUCACAAACGCGAGAUUGAAGAGUUGAAUAGUAAGAAGAACCAAGAGAUUUCUAGUCUUAACUCUAGACUUCAACAGUUAACCGGACAGUUGAAUACAAGCUUAGCACAAAUUAAACAGUUAGAAACUAAUCAGGGCCAUUACCAGGUUACCAUCAACAAUCUUCAAGCUCAAUUGUCCCAGGCAUCGACUGGAUCUGACCCUAAGUUGGCUGGUGAACUUGAAAAGCUGACCGCAGCCAGGGAUGCUCUAACUCAGGCUAAUAGCAGCUUAGAACAGAAGCUAGCAAGUAAAACUGCUGAUUUUGACAAGUUAGCAGCUUCCAACCAACAGCUGACAGCUGCUAAGCAACAGCUGGAAACCAGGGCACAAGAUUUGACUGAAGAGCUGAAAAAAGCUGUGGAAGAAAAAGAAAAAUUAAAGCAGGCUGAUGAUCAGUUAUCUGGGUCCAAACUAGAGCUUGAUAACCAGCUGUCAGCUGCUAACAAUGCUAAGCAGCAGUUUGACAGUCAGCUCGCCGCUGUCACAGCUGCAAAACAACAGCUGCAGCUUGAACUCUCCGUAUUGAAGGACAAGAUGGCGGAUAAGGAGGGUGAGAAUGUACGUCUGAUGGAAGAAAAUGAAAGAUUAUCGGAACAGGUUGCCAGCAGUGUAGAGAGGCCGGCAGCUGAGGGUGAGGAGGCCUCUAAGGUCAAUGGUCACAUCGAGGUCGAGGUUAACAAUCAUAAGUUGAAGGAGGAAGAUGUUUGGGAGAUUAAAUAUAACAAACUCAGUCUGGACUUCGACAAAAUGUAAGUUAUUUUUAUUGUUUAAUUCAAAUUU